AUGAAGCAGACUUCACAGCUGCAACAGCUUCAACUAUUGUUAAGUUCUGGACAAUCAGAAGCUGCAGAUUCCAACGGUUAUGGAAUUAAUGAAACAAAUAACACAUCUUGUAGUCUAGACCUAUAUGAUUCAAGUUCAUCCGGGUUCAGCUCCGAAAGAGGAGAUGCUCCUAAUUCCGGAAGGCAUCCUUGCAGAUCCCACUCGGACUCGGCCACAUCGCGAGAUUUAUCCCCUGAUCACAGCGAUGCAUACCUUUGCAGCAGCAGCGGCUGUUCAGUCAGAAGCCACAGCCUUCCUGUAUCUUCAUCACACGAUGUAUCGCCUAAAUAUAUAUCCCUUCGCUCAUCAUGUCCGUUGGCAUGUACGCCGACUCAACCAUCAGAUGCAUAUGACGAUUCAGCUGAUUUCAGUAGAGCUGCUAACUUCCUCACAGACGAUCCUUCAAAUUUAAAGAUGUUUGUCAUCGACAGUCGUUCUAUUCAGAACAACCAACAAAAAAAUGAACAAGUUCAAGAAAACACGUCGUUAAAUUGCAUUCGAAAACCAAAUGCCUCUAAGCACGAUUCCAUAGCAGACUGGGAAAUGAAUGGCUUUCUCAACGAUAUCUCUCGUGAUGUUGCCACAACUGACUUUUGGGAGAGACAGACAAUGGGAGAACUGCAUGACUGCAGCUCGGAGACUUCCGGAGCAUUCCAAGAAUCAACGCCAAGACAAGAAAUUUUAGGCUCACAGUCGGUGUUAGCACAACAUAGGCGACAGAAACAAAUAGAGAUUGAACAGGUACACCAGGUUUACAAACAGAUAGCCCCUCACUGUGAUCGUGUGAGACAGAAGGCUUGGCCGAGAGUCAAACAGUUUCUGAAAGACCUGGAACCAGGAUCACUGGUUGCCGAUGUUGGAUGUGGCAACGGCCGUUACUUAAUGAUCAACCCCUCUACCUUCAAAAUUGGCUGCGACCUUUGUCCGCCAUUUCUGGACCAAGCUAAGAGUCAAGGUCAUGAGGUCAUGAUAGCUGACAACCUGGCCCUCCCUUUCAGAGACGGAAUAUUUGAUGCCGUCAUCUCUAUAGGGGUGAUUCACCACUUCGCCUCUUUGGAGAGAAGGAUCAUGGCCAUCUCGGAGCUGUCCAGAGUUCUUUCUCCUGGAGGAAAGCUGAUGGUCUACGUCUGGGCUUUUGAACAGGCGCACAGAAAAUUUGAAGGUCAAGAUGUUCUCAUACCCUGGGUCAAGCCGGAAGUUAAAG